AUGUCGUUGGUGUCUGUGGGAGGGCUAGGCCGAAACAUCGGGAAUGCUCUCGACACCGGCGACAACGCACGAGUCAAAGUCGCGCCCCAGAGCGUCAUGACCACGUAUGCCUGCCGCCUGUGCUUGAUGCCGGGCUGCGCGGGUGAGAAGGAGCUUGAGGAGGCCUACGCGAGCAUAAAAACGCAAGAAUGGCCUCCGCCGGCUGUGCGAGUCCGAGAAUGGGGAGAGCGCUCCGACGCGCUCCAAACCGUCGUCCGCCUUGUGUUUGAGUUCUGGCGUGCGGUGGGCGAAGCGAUUGCUUUGCGCGAACCCCUGGUGGUCUCUGUGGGCGCGCAGGAGGCAUUCGACUCGGCGAGAAUGAAGGAUGUGUGGGAGGGCCGAAGAAAGGAGUUGUACGCCAUCAUGGUGUACCACUGCCCACGGCUAAGCCCAAAUGUGCUAUCUGCCCUCGAAGUUGAGGAGAUGGAGAAUGGACAGUGGUACGUCGCAGCCGUUGUGACCAGUAUGCGUGGAGCUGAUAAAUUUUAUGUGCGUUGCAAGAUCGUCAAGCUCUUCCUCACCCCGCUUCUCCACCUGGCUCCUCUGGAGCCUCCUCUUUUGAAGCCAAUGAUCAUGGUUGUCCUUGCGCCCCAGUCGGCCUACGUAUUAUAUCGUACACUCGGCCAGGCUCUCCGCGCUCGGCUCCACGCCCCAGUUUUCUGGCAGAACACCGUUCUCCUCUUCGAGCGCGGUGGCAGCAAGGCCUUGCUUGUCGAACCCUACUUCGCCACCCCUAUCGCUGAGCACGCGUCGAGCAUCCCGCACGUAUCUUCGCUCGCGCUCGCGGAGCUCGACACGCUCGCCGCUGCGCGUCCGCUGGAUGAGUGUGUGCUCGGCGCGGUGCACGUACACGACAUCGCCACUCUCGGUUGGUGGACACCUGUAGUGGGUCGACCGAUGCAUGUAUUAUAG